AGCCUUUCUUUCCUAGCGAUAACCAGUGCAAAGCUGAUAAUGCUGCCGAUUUGUGAUGUGUUGAUGGCAGCCUUGCCAAUUGAGACCUGCACUUAACUUGCAGCUGCCUCCCAAACCUGGGUUCUGAGAUGUCUGUGCCCUGGGUGACAGGGGGCCAGGCACUGCCCUGUGCUCGGGAGUCAGUGCUGAAUAGCAGCAGCAUGCAGUGAAAGCGUCGCGCACUGCCGCUGAGAAGCCACCUAAUGGUGCCUCUGCUUUGUUUUAGUUCAUCAAAUUUCUACGAGUCAUUAGGCACUUUCCCCUGUGCUCCUCUUCCUCUUUCCGCCUCCUCACCCCCAACCCCCACUAUUUUUUUCUUCCUGUCCUUCACCCUGAAGCCCUAACUCUGGCUCCUGGUUCCGUUUUUUUGACAGUAACGGCACAGCCAACAAGAUGAACGGAGCUUUGGAUCAUUCAGACCAACCAGACCCAGAUGCCAUUAAGAUGUUUGUCGGACAGAUCCCUAGAUCCUGGUCAGAAAAGGAGCUGAAAGAACUUUUUGAGCCUUAUGGAGCUGUCUACCAGAUCAACGUCCUCCGGGACCGGAGUCAGAACCCUCCCCAGAGUAAAGGUUGUUGUUUCGUAACAUUUUAUACAAGAAAAGCUGCACUUGAGGCCCAGAAUGCACUGCACAAUAUUAAAACUUUACCUGGGAUGCAUCAUCCCAUUCAGAUGAAGCCUGCAGAUAGUGAAAAGUCAAAUGCUGUGGAAGACCGAAAAUUGUUCAUAGGAAUGGUUUCGAAGAAAUGUAAUGAGAAUGAUAUCAGAGUGAUGUUUUCUCCAUUUGGCCAGAUAGAAGAAUGCCGGAUUCUCCGGGGACCCGACGGGCUGAGUCGAGGCUGUGCGUUUGUCACAUUUUCUACAAGGGCAAUGGCACAGAAUGCAAUCAAAGCCAUGCAUCAGUCUCAGACCAUGGAGGGUUGCUCUUCACCUAUCGUGGUGAAGUUUGCUGACACUCAGAAGGACAAAGAACAAAGACGCCUCCAGCAGCAGCUUGCACAGCAGAUGCAACAGCUCAACACUGCCACUUGGGGGAACCUGACAGGGCUGGGCGGACUUACCCCACAGUACCUGGCGCUUCUGCAACAGGCCACCUCCUCCAGCAACCUGGGUGCAUUCAGUGGCAUUCAGCAAAUGGCUGGCAUGAAUGCUUUACAAUUACAGAAUCUGGCAACACUGGCUGCUGCUGCAGCUGCCGCCCAAACCUCAGCCACAAGCACCAAUGCAAACCCUCUCUCUACCACAAGCAGUGCCCUGGGAGCCCUCACAAGUCCCGUGGCUGCUUCAACCCCUAAUUCUACUGCUGGUGCAGCCAUGAAUUCCUUGACCUCUCUUGGGACUCUGCAAGGAUUGGCUGGAGCCACUGUCGGAUUGAAUAAUAUUAAUGCACUAGCAGGUACCUUAAACAGUAUGGCGGCUCUGAAUGGAGGACUUGGCGCCACAGGCUUGACGAAUGGCACGGCUGGCACCAUGGACGCCCUUACCCAGGCCUACUCAGGAAUUCAGCAGUAUGCGGCAGCUGCACUGCCCACUUUAUACAGCCAGAGCUUGCUGCAACAGCAGAGUGCUGCAGGCAGCCAGAAGGAAGGUCCAGAGAUGGCAAACCUCUUUAUUUACCACCUUCCACAGGAGUUUGGAGACCAGGACAUUCUGCAGAUGUUCAUGCCCUUUGGAAAUGUUAUCUCUGCUAAAGUCUUCAUUGACAAACAGACCAAUCUGAGCAAGUGCUUUGGUUUUGUUAGCUAUGACAAUCCAGUCUCUGCCCAAGCUGCAAUCCAGGCUAUGAACGGCUUUCAGAUCGGCAUGAAACGUUUGAAGGUGCAGCUGAAGCGCUCCAAAAACGACAGCAAACCUUACUGAUCCUAACCCCAGAAGCUCCCUGCUCUUAUUUUAGCUUUCUUAGGACAUCUUCAUGCCCGUUAGUUCAUCGUUUGCCUAGCAUGUCCCUGUGGCGUCUCAAAAAAAGUUUCAUCGUCCCGUCAUUGUUUCUGAUGUCUUUCUGACCUCACAUCAUAUUUGGUUCUCCUACUGACCUUUGAUCUAGUUUGACCUUUGAAAUUUGCAUGUGACCUCAUCUAGCUAUGAAUUCUGGGAAGUCAAUGUGAAAAACAUUGCUGCAUUCAUGCAAGACUGAAAUUAUUAGACAAAUUAUAGAAAAAAAAACCUGUGGCAAAAAUGUUUCUUUCUUAUUUUUUUUUUCUUUUCAUAACACAGACUUGAAAGUAUUACACAGGGAUUGGCAUUCUUCCCGGUCACUGGUGACAAUAGCAAUAUGUGUCCAGGGACACAGAAUGUUGGUUUCUAACAGACUACUUCCAAAAACAGUUUGAGAAAAAAAAAAAAACUGUCUGAUUUUAAGUCUCUAGAGGUCUGUAAUAGUUUUUACAUUUUUCAGGCAGUGUAAAGUUUUUUGAUAAGGCCAUUUUAGGUGGCUCACUUUCUCAUUAAGAUAUAUAUAUAGAACCACUUUUGUAGAUUAGUAUAAGAAAAAUAUUUACCCUGUUUUGGGGCAAAUGCUACCUAUUUGUGUCACCUUUUGCUGAACUGACUCACAGUUAGACAAUCCAUGGUUUAAUGCACAUGAAAUUACCUAUAUUUUAUACUGUUUCAAUGUACAGGAGAAAGGUUACUGUAAACUGUGUCAUGUUGGUGCUUCUGUGGAUUCAGUUGUGGUCUCAUCAUGAGUCUUAAGGUCUUAAUGUUAUUUGUUGAUAAGACAAGCUUAGAAUUGGUUUACUUAAAACAAAAAAAAAGAAUUUCAAAAAAAAGUUGUUUGCUUAAAAAAAUAAUUUCAUGUGAGAGAAAAAAAAUACUAUUCCAGAAUAAGUUUUGUGUUGGCUUGAGAAGCAUUGAUGUCACUUUUUUUUAUUGUGGACUAUUAGAUGUGUUUGUGUUCAGCAAAAUGUGAUCUGUUUUUGUUUUUUUCUUUUAAAGAAAAAAAGUGAAAACUAUAUAGUGCCAAAUUCCAAAGGUACUUCCUUCUAGAGCUUCGGUGUGUUUCUUGUGAGAAGUAAUUUGAUAACAUGGGUAUUUUAUUAUGUGUUUUGUAUAAAUCCCUAAUAUUUAAAAAAAAAAAAGGUUACAAAGUUUGUUAACUUGCUAUUCUGUGGUCUUGUUGCCUGAAAUUGUUAUUGUUUGUUAUUUCUCUAUGCUGUUUUUUGUAAGACAUUGUAUAAGUGCCCAUGUCUCCCUUUUUUAACCACUCUACACAUCAAUGCUGUGAAGGCAACCCUCACAAUGUAUUUUCUUCAUAAUAUCUGGAAACCUCUAAGGUGAGAAAGUCUUGAACUUUUAACCCUUUCUACCCAGAGCUAUCUGGAAUGUUGGUAACUUUUUAUACUUGUCAUCCUUGAGUUGUUUUGGGGUGUUUCUGAUUUGGAUUUUUCCCAUCUAUAUCUUCUAAGUUCUUAGUUUUAUUCUUUGAGAUCCACCCACCUAAAAACUCUUGUCUUUUUCCUAUACCAUUUUUUAUUUUCUUUUUUAUUCCCCCAUUCCUAUUAUCCUAUGCUCCUUUAAGUUUAAGUUUAAAAGCUUGAGUUAAACCCUGUGAAGGUAAAAAAAAAAAAACCAAAAAAACAGGUAGACUUAGCCCCGAAAUAAACCCUGACGACACUGUUUGCUUUUUGAGAUCAGGUUUCAUGGUUUUGUCGUAGUGUACAAUAUUUUCAUACACCCUGCAGUUAAAUGGCUUUUGUAUGGUCUAGUCUUUCAAGGAAUUUUGCUUUUGUUUCUUAAACGCUCCUAAGUAAUGCUGAAUCAGCCAUUGUGCUAGGAAUUUUUGAACUCCAGUGGACACCUGAAUAUGCAAGGUAUCUGUGGGAAAAGCCCAUGGAUCUUUCCUUGCCUCUCUGGUUUUCUAGGGUGUUUUGACUUUUGAUUGAACACAUUUAAAGGGGCCGGCCAUGUAAGAGGAGCUUGGCUCUGUUCUUGACCACAGUUACUAACCAAAUACCUAGGGUCAGUUCCUGCUGCCACUUUGUAAAGUGCCACAUUCUUCUGAGUCUGGCUCUGUAUGAACAGACCCUAAUGUCACACCUACAGUCCCAGCACACACCCAGCCUUGGGGAAAGCACACCCUGCAAGUUUCUGCCCUGAGCCCCCUUUUCCUUCUCACCCACCCCAUUGAUUUAGUGUGUGUGUGUGUGAAUGUGAUAGCCCUGAGAUGGAAAGGAUUAGCCUCUCACAAUGCAAAAAACAAGUUUCCUCCUUACAGCACGUGCACUUCCAAUGACAUGAUUCGUGUUACCCCACACCUGUUUACUACUGCCGGGGCCUUCCUUCAUCCUUGAGGGCUAUUUUGUACUUUCUGCAGCACUCACCUUAAUAACAAAGUGGUCACACACAUUUCUCAGUCUCUACUAUAUGAUGGUGUGUAGAUACACGUGUAGAAACACAAGAGAAUACCAGUUGUAUUUCAUAGACCAUCUCAUUCAGAAUCUAUUCAUUUAUCAAUGACAUAAUUCUCAAAAAAAAACUCAAAUUUUUUUUCCCAUGGAUGCAAACUGCCCUCCUUCCUCUUAACCCACCUGCAGUCCCCCCGAAGAGGCUUGGGCCAGGCAGGCACUUUCUGUUGAGUGUUUCUAAUUUUGCAGGCAACCAAGACAGUACAUGGAGGGGGAGGUUUUUGGUUUUGCAUGUUCCAUUGUUAGAAAGAUAACCUUCCUCAGAGACAAACUGUCCUUUAUCUUUCAAUGUCAAAAGGAAAAAGCUGCAAGGGUGUACAGGGCCUGUUUCUGGAAGACAAAAAAAAAAAAAAAAAAAAAACACAGGGAAACUGCGUUUUUAAAGUCAAGUCUAGAGCAUAGUCUUUUAAAACUCACUCAGAGAACUCUGAUCAAAUGGCACCUCCAAGGUGUAACAAGUUCAUCUUUCUUUCACCGCAGGGGUUCUGGUUCUUUGGCUUGUGCUACUCUGGAAUCAUUUACUGUUUCUGUUUUUAUUAUCUUAAGUGCUAAUUAAAAAGAAAUAAAAUUUAAAAAAAAUGUAGUUUCAUUACCUUUUGAAUAAUGUCAUACAAAAAUGUACUUGUGUUUUUUGUGCUGUGGGAAUUGUUGUUUGUAGAUUAAUAAUACCAUUUUGUUUAGAAUUACAAAAUAGUUUUUAAAUAUUGUCUGAGAAAAGCCAAAGUUAAUGCAACCUAGUGGAAACUGUAAGAUCAUUGAGUAUUGUUUCUGUUUUAUUGAUGCAUUUGGAUUUUGUUGUUUGAUGGAAUUUGAGCCAAAAAAACAAAAACGCAGGCUUUCCUAUUUCUACAACUGAUUGUACUUAUGCAUUUUGUACCAGUGGGAUUUUUUAUACUGGAGAUUAAAAAAUGGAAAUUUUUGUGGCUUACUCUUGUGGGCCCCUGACAAUGACUGAUUUCAAGUUUGAUUUCUGGUUGACAGAAAGAAAGUUGCUUUUCUUUUAAGAAUUAAAAACUUUGGCUUGAUUUCUUUUUUCCCUUUGCUUAUAUCUAGCAUUAGAAUUUUGUCUUAAAAUACAGCGGUAAGUUUCACUUUUUAUUCUGUAUUGUGCAGUUACACAAUAAGAUAAUUAGACUUAGAAGUACUCAGUCACUUUAAGUGGAUAAAUGUAUUAGUUAAACUUUAGGAGUUUGCUUUUUUGCUGUUUAGAUCGAAGUUUUUUCUGACCCUUCUGUCCUCAUUGUGAACAUAACCGUGUAGUUGAAACAGUCAGACUUAUUUUUGUAAUGUAUGUUAUUGUGUGAUGCGGUUUUUUGCUUCUGUCUCCAAUAUUAAACCAUUUUCCUAAUA